AUGGAGGAGGAGAAGGGGAUGAUGGGGAAGCAAGAGAAGGAGAAGGUGCUCCUCCAGGCCGCCUACGAUGGCAACCUCCGCCUCCUCAGGAGGAUAUUGAUCCACCACCCAGACCGGUGGAAAUCCACCACGCUCCACCCGAGAGGCGCAGGCGCCGUCUCUCCCCGUCGCGCGUCGGUGCCUCCCGCGCCGCUCUCCUUGUCCCGUCGCGAGCCGGCGCCUCCCACCGCAUCCACCGGCGACGGCGCCUCCCACCGCAUCCUCCUGCGCCGCUGCCUUCCACCGCAUCCGCCCGCGUCGCCGCCUCCUCUCGGCUCUCGCUGUAGACACCGCCGCCGCCUCACAUCGGAUCUGCCGGAGCAGCCACUUGUAGACGCAUCCGCGGCCGCCACUGACUUCCCCGGCGCCGCCUUCCUUCCUCCCAGUGCAGACAUCAGAUCCAUUGGCAAUUACUUCUCUGUUCAGUCACCUCUGUCCGGACACCGGGUCUUUCCCAACAAGAACCUCCUCGAGGAGCAUCUUCUGCUACAUCAGCUAGGGUUGAUAUACAUGAGAUUGGGUGCUUUUGUGAGGGACUUCUGUUUGCUGCACCAAGAAUGUUAUUGUGAUGUACCUGAGAAAUAUGCUGUUCUGUUAAUUGAGGAACUUUACAAGUAGAUAUUAAUGAUUUAGCUUCAAUUUAUGUAAUUUAAUCCCUGCUACUUAUUACUGUAAUAGAGAUCUACAUGUGUGAAUCUAUAAUCUUAGUGUGCACUAAUAUUCUAAUAUGAAUUGACAUUUUUUUCUAGACUUUGUAAUAAUCACGACAUAAAUUGUACAGCCAGUCUUCGUUA